AUGCCAACCAACACUUCAGAAUUCGAGGACCUCAUUGGGCAUAGCUUCAGACACGAGGACUUGAUGGAAGAAGCCUUACAGGAAGCCGGUGCAGGCACUCCUGGGAACGAACGAUUAGCAUUAAUCGGAGAUAAGGUGUUGGCGCUGAUGUUAUUGCAAAAUUGGUAUCAGACAGGCAACAGCACUGGCAGAAAUUAG